AUGGGAGUACCGGCGUUUUACCGGUGGUUAGCGGAGAAGUAUCCGUUGAUAGUCUCUGACGUUGUGGAGGAAGAAGCUGUUGAAAUCGAGGGAAUCAAGAUCCCGGUGGACACUAGUAAACCUAACCCUAACGAUCUCGAAUACGAUAAUCUUUACCUUGACAUGAACGGUAUCAUUCAUCCUUGCUUCCACCCUGAAGACAGGCCAUCUCCGACUACCUUUGAGGAGGUGUUUCAGUGUAUGUUUGACUAUAUCGAUAGGCUUUUUGUGAUGGUAAGGCCGAGGAAGCUACUCUAUAUGGCUAUUGAUGGUGUUGCUCCAAGAGCUAAAAUGAACCAACAACGAUCUAGACGGUUUAGAUCCGCUAAAGAUGCAUCCGAUGCUGCUGCUGAAGAAGAAAAGCUGAGAGAGGAGUUUGAGAGGGAGGGUAGAAAACUCCCUCCUAAAAUUGACUCUCAAGUGUUUGAUUCCAACGUUAUCACACCUGGAACAGAGUUUAUGGGUGUUUUGUCUAUCGCUCUGCAAUAUUAUGUGCACCUUAGACUUAACCAUGAUGUUGGUUGGAAAAAUGUCAAGGUUAUCCUUUCAGACGCAAAUGUUCCAGGUGAAGGGGAGCAUAAAAUCAUGUCAUACAUUCGUCUACAAAGAAACCUUCCUGGUUUUGACCCAAACACUCGCCACUGCUUGUAUGGAUUGGACGCUGAUCUUAUUAUGUUGGGCCUGGCAACUCACGAAGUUCAUUUUUCAAUUCUUAGAGAGGUGGUUUUCACUCCUGGACAGCAGGACAAAUGCUUCCUGUGUGGUCAGAUGGGCCAUAUGGCUGCAGAUUGUGAAGGAAAAGCAAAGAAGAGGGCAGGAGAAUUUGAUGAGAAAGGCGAUGGUUUUGUUAAAAAGCCAUAUCAGUUCCUUCAUAUAUGGAUUCUUAGAGAAUAUCUGGAGUUUGAAAUGAGGAUUCCAAACCCACCAUUCGAGAUUGAUCUGGAGCGCAUUGUUGAUGAUUUCAUCUUCAUUUGUUUCUUUGUUGGCAACGAUUUCUUGCCACAUAUGCCAACACUGGAGAUUCGAGAGGGUGCUAUCAACUUGCUUAUGGCUGUUUACAAAAAGGAAUUUAGGGCACUAGACGGCUAUCUAACUGAUGGAUGCAAGCCAAAUUUAAGGAGGGUGGAACAGUUUAUUCAAGCUAUUGGAUCAUUCGAAGAUAAGAUAUUUCAGAAAAGGACCAGGUUACAUCAGAGACAAGCUGAAAGAAUAAAGGGAGAUAAAGCUAGGAAAAGAAGGAUGGAUGAUGCUGCUCCGACGUUUGAACCAGAGUCUCUUGUUCCGGUUGAAAGAUUUAGUGGUUCUCGACUUGCCUCAGCUCCUGCACCUUCACCCUUUCUGUCUAGUGAUGGAGGGUCUGCUCCGAAUCAAAAAGCUAGACGUCUAUCUUCAGGAUCCAGUAUUGGUGCCGCUAUUGUCGACGUUGAGAACAGUCUUGAACCUAACGAAAACGAGAACAAGGAAGAGCUAAAGACAAAGCUCAAGGAGUUAAUCCGUGAGAAAUCAGAUGCUUUCAACUCGGAUACUCAUGAAGAGGAUAAGGUGAAGCUUGGGGAACCUGGAUGGAGAGAAAGAUAUUAUGAAGAGAAGUUUUCAGUUACAAACCUUGAAGAGAUGGAAAGACUACGAAAGGAUGUUGUUUUGAAGUACACAGAAGGCCUUUGUUGGGUCAUGCAUUACUACAUGGAAGGUGUUUGCUCUUGGCAGUGGUUUUAUCCUUACCACUAUGCACCAUUUGCGUCUGAUCUCAAAGAUCUCGGAGAGCUGGAUAUUAAGUUUGAGUUAGGAACUCCAUUUAAGCCUUUCAAUCAACUUCUUGGGGUGUUCCCAGCUGCAAGUUCGCAUGCUCUUCCUGAGCGCUACAGGACUUUGAUGACAGAUCCCAACUCUCCCAUCAUUGAUUUUUACCCAACUGAUUUUGAAGUUGACAUGAAUGGGAAGCGUUUUUCCUGGCAGGGUAUUGCUAAGCUGCCUUUCAUUGAUGAAAGACGCCUUCUAGAGGCUGUUUCCGAAGUGGAGUUCACAUUGACGGAUGAAGAGAAGCGUAGAAACAGCAGGAUGUGUGACAUGCUUUUCAUAGCAACGUCUCAUCGCCUUGCUGAAUUAAUCUUUUCUCUUGACAACCAUUGUCGGCAACUGAGUGCUAGGGAGAGAAUAGACUUUAAGGUUCAGAUCAAACCUGAGCUCAGUGAUGGUAUGAACGGCUACUUGACUCCUUGUUCAGGAGAGACUCACCCACCUGUGUUCAGGUCCCCAAUGGAGGGUAUGGAGGACAUCUUGGCCAACCAAGUCAUUUGUUGCAUUUACAGACUUCCUGAUGCACAUAGUCACAUAACCAGACCUCCUCCUGGUGUCAUCUUCCCUAAGAAGAUUGUGAACAUAGGUGACUUGAAACCACCACCUGCUCUUUGGCAUGAGGACAAUGGAAGGAGACCGAUGAAUAAUAAUAAUUAUAAUAAUAAUAACAAUCAUUAUAAUAAUAACCAAGGAAGGCAAAACCCACCAGGAAGUUUAUCUGGAAGGCAUCUAGGAGACGCAGCACAUCGUCUUGUCACCAACAGCUUGCAUAACAGAACAGGAGAUGCACAUGCUCACCAUCAUCAUGGUCACGGCUACAAUCAACCACCUUAUGUUCCACCAGGUCCUUACCAAUAUGGUGGUGGCUAUAAUGCUCCACAUGGCGUGCAAGACUAUGCUCCACCACAGUCAAGACAACCUCCUUAUCAAAGCCGAGGUGGGUACCAACCUCGUGGAACCAGUGGGAGGUUCCCAUCAGAUCCUUACCCAGUCCAGUCACGAGGAGGUCACCAGACUCACCACCGUGACAACAGAGGAAGAGGAGGGUAUACUGGUGGUUACAAUCAACAUCAACAACAACAACAACAUUGGGAUGGUCAAGGUGGAGAGGAGCAUUAUAACCCACGAGGGUAUGGUGGUCAGCAUCGAGGUGGUGACCGCAACCGUAGAGGAGGAGGUCAUCAUCAUGAUCAUGGCCCUAGACAUCGAUACUAAGCGGUAUGAAUCAUCAAGUGUAGUUGUUUGUAUCAUUAGAGUUGAGCCUGCUCUUGGUUCUUUGGUUCUUUGGUUCAGGAUUAAGAGCAGCUGUGAGAAAAUUAUAGGUGGAUUACAUUAGUUUUGUUGCAACGAUUUUUCAUUUAAUAAUUGGUGUAUCAUUUAUUUAGCUUUGGUUUUGUAUUCCUGAUUAUACCUUGUUCCUGAAGAAUUGUUUUAUUCGGUUUAUCUUUAAACUAUGCUUAAUGGAUUUUAAUGAUUUGAUUUCA